GCGAUUAGUGCAGAUUAUUAAAGUAAUGUGUCAAUAGUAAGUGACGAUAGUAAAUCUGCCGUCUGUCGUCUGUACACUCUUUCACUAUGGGAGACAAUCAAAAUAAUGUUCUGUGGAAGCUGCAAGAGAACACAAUAACGAUGUUUGCAGCAGAAAUUGUUGGUACGGGUAUUCUCUUAUUCAUCGGUUGUAUGGGUUGUAUCGGUACCAUGGGACCAGCACCACCUCCACCAUUGCAAACAGCACUGACUUUCGGUUUGACAGUGAAUCUUAUAAUUAUGAUGCUAGGUCAUGUAAGUGGAGCUCAUCUUAAUCCAGCAGUUACCAUUGGUGCCGUUAUCGUGGGUCUGAAAUCGAUUCCAACCGGCGCGAUUUAUAUCCUGGGCCAGUUUAUCGGCGCCAUCGUGGGAUAUGGACUUUUAAAAAUAAUAACGCCAGCGGAAUUAUUUAACGAUGGAAAUGCGAACUCGACUAUUGGUCUUUGCGUCACGGUGGUUCAUCCAGGAAUUAACAGUGUUCAAGCUAUAUUAAUCGAAGUGUUUUGCACGAGCUGUAUACUUUGUGCGGCUUGUGCUACAUGGGAUCCUCGAUGCGCUCAUACUACAGAUUCGACUGCCCUCAGAUUUGGUCUUGCAGUUGCUGCUAUUUCCUUUGCUGCGAGUCCUUAUACUGGAUGCAGCAUGAAUCCAGCGCGAACGUUCGGUCCUGCAUUAUGGAAUAGUGCUUGGAAAGAUCAAUGGAUUUAUUGGCUUGGUCCUACUUUGGGAGCCUUACUUGGAUCGUAUGCUUAUCAAAUAUUGUUUGCAGAAAGACAAUUAAGUAGAAAAGAAUCUAUUUGUUUUGAUAAAGAAUUGAUGAAAAUUGAUGAAAAAUCGUUUAAAGUUUUAUCGCAAUCGGAUAAUUUAUGCGAUAUAAGUAAAGUUUAGCUUUAGCAAUUUUAA